AUGGUUGAUGAAUUGACAGGGUCAGUCAAAGAUUCAAUAGUGGGUGAGGAGCGUAUUGCGCAGUACUUAUUGGCAGUUUUGGAUACCCGGGGGACUCCACUUCACUGGAAGCACCUAAAUAAUAGGAGACUGGAUGGGAUUGAAUACGAAGCGGAGGAGAAUCAUGAAUAUAGUCUGAAAAAUCUUAAGCCAAAGAGAAGAAAUCCGCCAAAUAGAUCUGAUUUGGUGUAUGUUGAGUGCACUCCAAAAGGCAAUGAAGAUACCUCACAAGGCUUCAGAAGCACGGUUAAUGGUAUCCAAGAAGUUACUUNAUUGGUUCCGAGUAUCUCGGACAUAGAGACAGGGUUAAAGCUGGCUCUGGCAGGGUCAGUCAAAGAUUCAAUAGUGGGUGAGGAGCGUAUUGCGCAGUACUUAUUGGCAGUUUUGGAUACUCGGGGGACUCCAUUUCACUGGAAGCACCUAAAUAAUAGGAGACUGGAUGGGAUUGAAUACGAAGCGGAGGUGAAUCAUGAAUAUAGUCUGAAAAAUCUUAAGCCAAAGAGAAGAAAUCCGCCAAAUAGAUCUGAUUUGGUGUAUGUUGAGGAUCUUGUAAUGGGAGUUCAGCAUGCGCUCUAUUCAACUCUAACAGAAUUCAAUGGGAAUGUGGAAGACGAGAAUGACCUGGAGUGCCUUAUUGACCUGCAAUUUAGUGCACUCCAAAAGGCAAUGAAGAUACCUCACAAGGCUUCAGAAGCACGGUUAAUGGUAUCCAAGAAGUUACUUGCUCUAUUCAGGACAGGUAAGCUUGGUCCUUUCAUUCUUGAUGAUGUCCCAAAGGUCAAGCCUGCAACAUAAUGUCAAUUGAAUCUUUCUACCCACCUCUCUUUUUCUGUGUAUUAGAUCUCCUACCUUUACUCCUUCCCCAUUUCUGCUAUAUGUAUUAUCUUUCAUUCUAAGUUUUGCUGUAACUUGUAAGUAAGGAUUAAUUUAAUUUAGGAAGAUAUUGAGAUUAUUUUCAGUAAAUGCGGGUAAUUUGCCAGCAUUUCAGUUCUUAAUAUUUUCGUUCCCCCAAAAAGGUUUCACUAGUGGCAUGUUUGGCUCCUAAGA